ACUGAUUCCCUUGAUAUUCUUGAUCAUUUGUUUUUUUUUUUUUUCUGGUUCUUUAAAAUAAUUUUUUGGGUAGUUUGAUUACAUGGUGUUGAAUAAAUAGAUUACUGUAGGUAGAACUGCCGUUUUUAUUAUAUUAGCUUGGCCUAUCCAUGAGCAAGUAAUAUUUUUUCAGUCGUCUAGAUCUGACUUUGUGUGAAAAAUGCUUUGUAAUUGUGUUCCUGUAGUUUCUGAUUUUGUCUUGGUAAGUAGACUCCCAAGUACCUUAUAUUGUUUUCAGUUAUUUUAAAUAAAAUUUCUCUUUCUAUUUCUUUCAGCAGGUCUUUGUUAUUAACAUAUAGAAAUGCUGAUGAUUUAUGUGGGUUUAUUUUGUAUCCUGUAGAUUUGCUAAAGUUACUCAUUAUUUUAACUAUGAUUUUUUUGUUCAUUCUCUAGAAUUCUCUAAGUAUAUCAUCAUGUCAUCUGCAAAGUGUGAUUAUGCAUUUUAUUAAAUGUUCAUUCUUCCCCUUUCUGCUCUCUUCCCCAUUCCCUAAGUAUUAAAGUCAGUUUUUCAGAGUAAGUAAUUUUUGGUUAUAUUUCUAACUCUGUUGACUUUUGGCAUGUCAUAUUCUAAGUCCUCUUGUUCUUUAAUGAGAGAGUUGCUAAACUUCUACAAUCCUUCCUGUGGCUCCAUGGUAUUUAACUUAUUUCUUUCUGCCUGCUUGCAGAAUUUAUUUUUGCCUGGGAGUUCUGGAAUUUGACUAAUGGUUUUCAAAGCUUUCCUUUGAGGAUCUCUUUCAGAUGGUGAUUGAUGGAUUCUUUCAAUUUCAGUUUUUUCCUUUGGUUCUAGGAUAUCAAGGAAGUUUUUCUUAAUGACUUUUUGAAAGAUAAUGUCUAGAACUUUUUGUUGAUGAUGCCUUGCAAGUAAUCCAGUAAUUCUUAAAUUAGCUCUCCUGGUUCUAUUUUUCAUAUCAGUUGUUUUUCCAAUGAAAAAUUUCAUGUUUUCUUGUUUCUUUUUUAAUUCUUUUUUUUUUUUUUUUUUUUUUUUGUAUUUUUUUCCUUGCGGUCUCAUGGAAUAAAUAGCUUUCACUUGCCCAAUUCUAAUUAUUAAGGAAUUAUUUUCUUCUUUGAGUUUUUGUACUAUUUCCAUUUGUACAGUUUUGUUUUUUAAGGAAUUAUUUUCUUUUCCAUUAAUUCCCCUGGAUCUUCUCUGUUACCAUAAUAACUCUCUAUAGUUGAGUUCUUUUGUUGUUGUUGUUUGGAUCAUAUUUCUUGUCUAUUUUGUGACUUUGUGCUUUUAUACAAGAAUUGGGCUGUGCUCCUGCAUUGUGCUAAGCUUAUUGUGCUGGGGCUAAGGACCUUGCUAUUGCACUUAACUUGAUCUCAGAGUUUCUUCUCCCACUUCAGUAAAACAGACCUUUUCUGCAUAUUGAUAAAGUGUUCCUCUGCUCCAAAAUUUGUCCUGAGACUUUUUUAAUGUUUAACCUAUAAGAGAAAACAGGGUCACAUGAUAGCUAUUUCAUUACUAUUUCAUUUUCAUUAUUUUAUUUUAGAGAAUAGAAAAGUUUUAAAUCAUACAACAGCUUGAAUUCAAAGGGCAGAAAGUAGGAGCCAUGUUUACAGAUUGUGAAAUUGAUAUCAUUGGAACCACUGAAAACCAGGAAACAUUAAUUAAGCACCUCCUAUAUGGCAGGCACUAUGUUGAGGAAGGCAAAAAUAGCCUCUGCCCUCAAGGAGCUUACAAUCUGAUGGGAGAAGAAUUUUUAAAUGCCUGCCAUCUACCAGGCAUUGUAAUAUGUUUCAUUUAAAUGAAUGAAAUAAAUGCUAAUCUAUACUGUCAAGUACUUUUCCUUCAAACUUGUUAAGUCAAAGCUAAACCUGCAUAACUCAAAUAUUUUUGGUGUUUUAGGAAUCAGUGACAUUCAAGAAUGUGGCUGUGGAAUUCACUCUGGAGGAGUUGGUACAUUUGAACCCAUCUCAGAAAAAGUUGUACAAGGAAGUGAUGAUGGAGAACUAUAAGAACUUGGUCUUUUUGGGUAAAAACAGCUACUCCUUUGGAGUUUUAAUAUAUAGUAUAGAGACUUUCAAGACUUUAGCAAUUAUUUUUUGGCAUACAAAAGGAAGAUAAUCCUAAUCCUUUUGUAAUCAAGAGUCAAUACUUGUAUUACCUUUUUCCAGGGAGAAAGGUCUUUGCUUUGUAGGAAAGGUAAAUGAUUCUUGAUUUCUUUUAUUGUCCUAGACACUCUGUGUAUCUUCAAAUAUAAGAUUUCUGUUUAAUCCCAUUAGAGGUAUCAUUCAGAAAGUAUUCUCUUUCUCUAAGUAGGGAGGAUGUCAUAUGAGCUAUUUUUCCUAAAUUUUCAGUAACCCAUUCCCUCAUAAUAUAGACUGACCUUCAUUAGUCAUUUGUACCUUCAAUGAAGUCUUCCUAACAUGGCUGUUUUCUCACCUUGCCUCCCCUCUCCCUCCAAAUCUUUUAAGUUUAGAUUUUUUUAAUUUUAUGUUUUUUUUUUUUUUUUUAGUGUCAGUUCUCCUUCCCCUCCUCACAAGCUUAAAACAAACAAACAAAUCCACCAGCAUGUUGAGUAUACUCCCUAGUUAAAAAAUACAAUUUCAGAGAAAAUAGGCUAAUAGUCAGUGUCCUUGAUGAUGUAAAAAACAUUCUGCAUCCUCACUUCUCUCCUGAGUGUAGGGUGGAAUAUUAAAAUCAUUUAAGAUAGACUUACUAAAUUACCAUUUCUACCAUUUUUUCAUUUUCAUUGAACAGGAUGUACAAUUUCCAAACCAGAUGUGAUCUAUCAAAUGGAAAGCAAGGAAAUAUUUUGGAUGCCUGACACAGAUAUCCCAAGAACCAGCUGUCCAGAGACUAAAGAAUAUACUGAAGAAAAACCUUGCAAACAUAAUGAAUGUGAAAAAGCUUUUGGACAGGACACACAACUUGCUCAACAACAGAUAAUUUGUACUGGAGAGAUUCCUUAUCAAACUAAAGAAUGUGGAAAGGACUUCUAUCACACAUCACAGUUAGUUGAACAUCAAAGAAUUCCCCCUGGAGAAAAAUCUUAUGAAUGUAGUAUAUGUGGAAAGGCCUUCAGACAGAAGAUACAGCUUACUCGUCACCAGAAAACUCAUAUUGCAGAGAAGUUUUAUAAAUGUGAUGAAUGUGAAAUGACCUUCAAAGUGAAGAAACAAUUUAUUCAACAUCAGAGAAUACAUAUUGGAGAGAGACUUUAUGUAUGUAAUCAUUGUGGUGAGGCCUUUAAACUGGUGUCACAGCUUACUCAGCAUCAGAGAACACAUACUGGAGAAAAACCAUUUGUAUGUAAUGAAUGUGGGAAAGACUUCUUUUGGAAUUCAGAUUUCAUACGACAUCAGAGUAUACAUACUGGGGAGAAACCUUACAAAUGUAACAAAUGUGAGAAGGCCUUUAGACUGAAAACACAGCUAAAUCAGCAUCAGAGAAUUCAUACUGGAGAGAAACCUUUUAAGUGUGAUGAAUGUGGGAAGGCCUUUAGAAUGGGGACACAAUUUAUUCAACAUAAGAGAAUUCAUACAGGUGAAAAGCCUUAUGAAUGUAAUGAGUGUGACAAAACUUUCAGAUUGAAAGAACAGCUUAUUCUGCAUAAGAAAAUUCAUCCUGGAGAAAAACCAUUUGUCUGUGAUGAAUGUGGGAAGGGCUUCUUUUGGAAUUCAGAUUUCAUGAGACAUCAGAGUAUUCAUUCUGGAGAGAAACCUUAUGAAUGCAAUGAAUGUGGGAAGGCUUUCAAACUGAAGACACAUCUUAGUCGGCAUCAGAAAACUCAUACUGGAGAGAAGCCUUACAAAUGUGAAGAAUGUGGGAAAGGCUUCUUUUGGAAUUCGGAUUUCAUACGACAUCAGAGAAUUCAUUCUGAAGAGAAACCUUAUGAAUGCAAUGAAUGUGGGAAGGCUUUCAAACUGAAGACCCAUCUUACUCGGCAUCAGAAAAUUCAUAUUGCAGAGAAGCCUUAUGUAUGUGAUGAAUGUGGCAGUUCCUUCAGUAGCGAUCUAUUACUUAAUGCACAUAAGAAAACGCAUGAAGAGAUAUCUUAUGAUUGUGAGGAGUAUGAGCUCCUCCACUAUGACUUGGAUAACUUAUUCGAUGAUACAGAUCUAGAUUGGGAAGAAAACUUUUUAAUAUAAUGUAUUAGGGAAAGUCUUCCACCUGAACUUGAUAUUUAACAACAUCAAGGAGUUCAUGCUGCAGAGAAAUGUUAUAAAUGUGAGAAUGUCUUCAGUUGGACUACAAAACUUGACCUCAGAAAAUUUUUACAGAGAAAAACUUUAUGAAAGCAAUUAACAUGGGAACCCCAGACUGCAAUGCUAUCUGCCCUUCCUUGGCUAUGUGAGGGUGAAGCAGGAUUUCAUGACAGGACAUGCUUUGGAAGAAUGUGGGGUUCAGGGAGUGCAGUGGUGCAGAAGGGGAAGCAGUUUACGUUGGUACUGUGCAAAGAGCAGAGGCUGCUUCGAAUGAUGAUCCUGGGUAGCACAAAACCACUGAGCAAUCUAAGGACAUUUUUGUCUGGGGCUUACUUAAACAGUGGGAAAGGGAAGUUGUAAACUUGCAAACAGUGAUAAUCUCCAACAUCCUCAGCUUCCAUGAUGCUGAUUUUGAAAAUGAAUUAUCUUCCUGAAUCAUUGCCACUGAAUUUUGGGGAGACCCCAGGCUGCAGAGUGGAAGCCCUAUAGAUCAGGAACCUGAUAGACUGUUCAGGUUUCUGUUGAUAACAGUAUAAAGUUGCUAAUGUCCCGAUUGGACCUGCAGGUGAUGGUGACUGUCUUUUCAGGAGAGAUGAUUGGGGAGGGUGGAGACUAGGUCACCACAAUAUCUCCAAUGAUGGUUUCUCGAUUGAGAAAUAAAGCAUUAGUGUUAUGCAUCAUUAACCAAGUUUCACACCCCAACAAUACCCUGUUGUGUAUUCUAAUAAAGUUGAAGAGUUUAGCAUUCCACAAAUGUGUUCUAAAUGACCUAAAAUAAAAAUGUUAAUCAUUCCAUAACACUUCUUUGUAUUUACUUCUUCACCUAAGAACUAGAGCAACAGGAGGUAGAGAACCUUAUUAACUGGGGAUCCCAUCUCUAUACUGUGCCCUGCCAAAUGCUUGCCCUGCCCAGGGGUACAAGGGGUCAUACUAAUAGAUGCUUUCAGCAGCUUCCUGGGAAGUAACAUGCAAAACAAGGGCUUUUGGGUGUGGGGAGGAACAGCCUGAGUUUCCACCUGCAAAAAUGUCUUUUCCUCUGGGCUUCCUGGCAUGAAACAUUCCUCCCCAAAUGCUCUCAGUCAGACUAUUUGCAAUGUCAGUUGUGUGUCUCCUUUCCCGGGUUUCCCAAAGGAACAGAAUCAGAGUAUUCUCUAGCCUCAGUGUCAGAACGGAAGCAGCUGGAUCUGAGGUGAGUCAUGGGGCCUUCCAUCGGAUCAGAGAUAAGAAGUUGGAGGUCUGAGAAUCUGAAUCACUAAGUUCACAAGAGAGAGGUCUGAAGGAGGUGAAUGGCUAGCCAAAGUCAGAGGGUCUGAACCCAGGUCCUCUGCCUGCUGAUACAGCAUUCUUUCCUGUUCACUAAAAUGUCUCCUGGGAUAUUGAUUGUACACCUGAAUGAUACUCACUUCACAGCCCUCCCAAUCACAAAGAUGAUCAAAGACAGAAAAGGUCAGUGGAGAGAGAGGGCCAAUUUGAGGGAAAAAGGAUUUGGAAUUAUAUGUGAGGAAAGCCCUCACAAACUGCCCAGGAUGGUCAGAAAUGGUUGUGCUGUGCUUCAUGUUGUGGAGGAGAACAUCCCACCUUAGGAAGACCUUUUUAUUCCCCUGAGGACUGGACAGAAGUGACCAAAACAGGGUAAGUCUGCCCUAGUCAAGCCACGUGUGCUCCAGCUUGCUUUGGUCAAAGUCUGUCUAGAGUCCUGGAUGCCAUAUUUUAGGGAAUCUAGACAAGCUAGGAUGCAGCCAGAAGAAGGAAGUCAGCAGGGAGGCUGGAGAAAUCACAAAAGUACAAUGA